ACUGUAAGUUGCUAACUGGUCAGAAGGGGGGUGGGAGAAAAGGACGAGGGGGUAGUUAACUUUUCCCAGGCACAGAACUCCAAAGUGAGCUGUGUGGACCGUGAGAUAGAGCGAGCGAACGAGUGGAAAUGACAGAAAGAAGAAGACCGGGAGAGGGACAGACAGACAUGGUGACAGCAAAAGGAAGGGAGAGAGAGACAGUAUGAGGAGACAGGAAAGACAACAGUGUGACUCUGUGUACUGAUUAGGCUAUCCACAACAGCUGCCUCAAAACACCAUACCACACCAUUUUCUCUUUAUACCAUACAGUAUACCGAAAGCAGAGGAGAAUAGAACGAGGGAAGGAUGGACAGUGGAGGAAAUGUAGGGGGAGAAGACAAUGAGAAAUUGAAAGUGGAAUUCUGUGACAAUGUCAAACAGAUGAAAGAGGAAUGUAACACAACAGAGAAGGGGGAGAAGGAGAAUGAGGGAGGGGAGAAGGAGAGGAAAGACCGGAAGGGGGAUAGCCGACGUUCCGGCUCUUUGUGGAAAGGUGGUUGGGCACUGACCGAAAGAUUGGCCAUCAACGUGUCAGGCAUGAGGUACGAGACGCAGCUCCGCACUCUAGCUCAAUUCCCAGAUUCCAUGCUGGGAGACCCACACCGGCGGCUGCGUUACUUUGACCCGCUGCGGAACGAACUGUUCAUUGACCGGAACCGUGCCUGCUUCGAUGCCAUCCUCUAUUUCUACCAAUCAGGAGGCCGCCUGCGCCGGCCUGCAAAUGUGCCUCUUGACGUCUUCAUGGAUGAGCUGGAGUUUUAUGAGCUGGGCGAGGACAUCAUGGCGCGCUUCAAGGACGACGAAGGAUUCCCCAAGGAGGAGGUGCGCCCCUUGCCUGAGAACGAGGUGCAGAGGCGCCUGUGGAUGCUGUUUGAGCACCCAGAAUCCUCCUCUGGUGCCCGCAUCAUCGCCAUCGUCAGCGUCAUGGUCAUUGUAGUAUCCAUUCUCAUCUUCUGCCUGGAAACACUGCCUGACUUCAGGGAUGACAAAGAGGAAUACCUGUAUCAGCCCCACACCCACAACCACAAUAUGACCAUGCAUACCCCCCCAGCCUCCAGCCCCUUCCAGAACCCCUUCUUCAUCGUGGAGACCAUGUGUAUCUUCUGGUUCUCCUUUGAGCUGCUGAUGCGCUUCGCCUGCUCACCCAGCAAACUUCACUUCUUCAAAGAUGUCAUGAAUGUCAUUGACUUCACUGCCAUCCUCCCCUACUUUGUCACGCUUGGAACGGAGCUGGCCAAGUCCAAGGGCAGCACUCCGGCCAUGUCGCUGGCCAUCGUCAGGGUCAUCCGUCUGGUGAGAGUCUUCCGAAUCUUCAAGCUUUCCCGACACUCCAAGGGGCUUCAGAUCCUGGGCCAGACCCUGAGAGCCAGCCUGCGUGAGCUUGCCCUGCUCAUCUUCUUCCUCUUCAUUGGAGUCAUCCUCUUCUCCAGCGCCAUCUACUUUGCAGAGGCUGACCACAAGGACACGGCUUUCACCAGCAUCCCAGAGGCCUUCUGGUGGGCCGUGGUCACCAUGACAACGGUGGGAUAUGGGGACAUGUAUCCAGAGACGGUGUGGGGGAAGUUGGUGGGGUCAAUGUGUGCCAUCGCUGGAGUGCUGACCAUAUCCUUGCCCGUGCCUGUCAUCGUCUCCAACUUCAGCUACUUCUACCACAGGGAGACAGAGUGCGAGGACAGGAAGGAGUACAGCCACAUCAAGUCCUCGCUGUGGGAAAACGAGGGCAAUGAGGAGGGGGAGGGGGAAGGGGAGGGUGAAGCUCUCCCCCUGGAGAUCUGUCCUCCUCUCAACGGAACUCUGUUGGGAGGGCUUUGUGCAGAUCAGAAUGGGAAGCUGACAGUAGGUAAUCUCAGGGAGCCCCUGGUGACACAGGUGUGAGGUGGAGAGGCUAAACACAAGCACAGAUUGCAUGCCACAGUAUACACACAUCAGAAAAAAGGGUAUGUUAGGGGUCCGUUUUUUGUUCUCCAUUGUACAAUGUUCCCUCACAGGGUCAUGUUUGUACCUUAAAAUACACUGCCGCAGUGACAAGCCAUUGUACCUCAAAAGGUAAAAAAAAUUCUGGCAGUGUAUGCAAUCUGACAGUGAGAGGGGAAGUGACUGUAAACACUGCCUGACUGAAUACCACAUUCAUAAACAAGGUUGUACAGUACAUUUCCAGUGACGCACUAGCACAGUUACACUGACAAAUUAGCAUGGUGCCAGUGCUUAUAUAAUGUUUUAAAUGACUCUACUCACCUGGGGCCACAAAGCAGGAUUACCGAGUUUUGUGGAUAACCACACUAAAACCUGGAACAUGAUUUGAUAUAAAAAUAACUGUUUUGGCUUUUAGUCUGCCCAGUUACCCAGCUAACUUAGUAAUCCUGCUUUGUCGCUACCCUGCGUAAAGGAGAGCAAAACAGGAUCACUUCUGCGAACAGCAAUUGAAGAAUGACAAAAAAUACCAUGGUAUAUCAUGAUUAAAUCUUAUACACGUGUCAACACAGCCUUAAAGGUACAAUAUGUAAUUUCAGGCUUCUAACGGUCAAGAAAGGAAUUGCAGCAACAAACACCCUCAAGCCACAACACUGUUUAUCCCUCCCCCUUCUCUGUGAAAGCGAUGACACUGAAUCCCCCCCUCCCCCAUGCCAUUGGCUGUGGCAAUUAGAACCAAUUUUCAACCAAUGAGCUUGAAUUAUUGUGCAGCUAUACAAAAUUUAAGGACUAUAAACACAGACAGAGGGUGAGUCAACAUGUCACUGUGCCUUUUUCAAUGAUCGGAAGAGAUUUACAAUGGUCUGGUAACAAUGUUUUAACACAAAAAUCUUACCUAUUGUACCUUUAAUUGUCAGAAAGAUGAUUUAUUUACUCACAGUAUUUAUUUAUUACUAACAAUGACUAUUUAUUACCACCAAUCAGGUAUUUAUUUAUGAAUCGGUAACAAAUUGUUGUGAUGUUAUAUUAUGUAGUGUUUAUAUAUUUAUUUACUCAUUGUGUUUAGGUUACUAGGUGAAGUCUGAAGGAGUUAUCAAGAUAAACUACACAUACCCCAGCAAAACGGGUGAAGUACAUUGUAUGAGAAGGAAUGCUAACAUUUCAGAAUUUAUAGCAAUCACACAAAUCCCCACACAGAGUAAGCUAUACCACACAAGCUUAAUAAAAUACAGUUUAAUCGUAUAUUGUGCCACAAGGUGUACUAUUUUAAGCAAUUCUGUAAUGUAUUAUGUAAAGUAACUCAUUAAUCACUGGACAGGUCAAACAAAGGUCUAUAAAGUGUAUGUACAUUAUUGAGUGAAUGUCAAUGUCCAGAAUGCUGCAUUUGUACUUGCAUUGUGUAUUCUGUGUUUAUAUGUAUUUAAUAAAGCUAUAUUUUAUCAAUUAUUUUGUUGACAUCACCAGUGUGUAAUAUUUCUAUGGUGUUUUUCACCAUGUAAUCCAAUGUUUAUAGCCACCAGCUUUCUAAAUCAGAGCUUAAAUUUGUACCCCGCCAUUGUAAACUUCUUGUGACAAUUGCACAUAAUAAAUACAUAUAC